AUGACAAAUACGAAGGUCGCUCAGCCGCGCAGGGAUCUAUUUCAGCCGCACUUAUCUCAGAAGGCGAUUAAUGAAAUACAGCCAUUAUUAGAGAGGUCUCAGAGCCGAUUUACGGAAAUAUUAGAAAGGGCUAGUGAUGAUGGAAGAACUGUAGAUCUUUCAUUAGGCUACAGUUGCGUCACAAUUGAUAUGCUGUUAGGAUAUACAUUUGGCCAGUCUCUCAAGGCACUAAAUUCUGGAGACUUCGACUUUCCCCCAGCAGAGGAUAUGGACGACGUUCUCUACAGAUCGCUGUGGGUUAAGCAUUUUCCAGUGAGCCUUGAAGCAAUCUUUGGUAUCAUUUUCUACUUGCCCCGCCUUAUAACAAAGAAACUUAAAAUCUCGUCCAUAAUUGAUAUGAAGGAGAAAUGUUACAGGAUGUUGCUGGAGUUGACCGAAAAACGGAUGCAUCACAAACAAUCCCAUCACACUAUGUUCGAUACCGCUAUCGACCAACUGAUUUCAGAGUCUCCAAAAGCACCAUCAAUUCAGGACUUGACCGCGGAAGGUCUGCAAUGGGUUGCAAAAAAGCUGAAAAAUGAGCUCCGCUCCUCGAUGCCCGACCCACAGACACGGAUUAAAAUCGAGGAGUUAGGAAGACUUCCUUAUCUUAGAGGGUUGGUUAAAGAGUCCCUCCGUUUUACCCAGGGGGCGCCGGGACGACUUCCGAUGAUCGUUCCUGAUAGUGGAGUAACUCUAUGUGGACAAUUUAUCCCCGCAAAGACAAUCGUGUCUUCUAGUCAUUACGUGUACCACUUUGAUCCACAUGUCUUCAAAGACCCAAUGCAGUUUCGCCCAGAGCGUUGGCUUAAAGACGAGGACCGUGAGCAGCUGGAAAAGUACCUUUUGUCUUUCUCACGUGGCUCUCGCACCUGUAUUGGCAUCAACCUCGCACAUGCCGAACUGUAUCUUAUUUUCGCGCACAUGUUUCGGAGAUUUAACUUCUGCCUCGAUGGUACCACAGAUGACGAGAUGGAGCUCCGAGAUUACUAUGCGCCCAUAGCAAGGGGGCAUCUAAAGGUGAUUCUCACUAGUUCCACUACGGUGGGGGAAACGGAGAGGAGAUAA